AAGAAGAGGCUUUUAGGGGAAAGUCUUUCACAAACUAAUGGAGAGGGAGAAGGAGGAGGUGGACGCACGCGGGCAGGCAGGCAGGGAGGGGAGGGCUGAGAAGGGGGAGACCGGGCUCCGCUCGCGCGAACCCCGGCAGUCCCUUCCCACGCUGGUCGCAUCACGGCUCCGUUAAACCACGGAGGCUCACUUUCGCCGGUCAACACGGUGAUCCAGUGCAUCAUGUGCACUGCAUGGUAAUAUGUGAAAACUGUGUGGGAAAUGAAGACAUGCUUUAAAGAGAGGAAUGGAAAAACUAAAGGAGGAGCUGCAGAAGUGAACCCUCAUAAAAGCCUGCAUCUUAUCAGCAAUUCCACAGCCAUUCCCUGAGACGUCCCUGCUUGGUGAACAUUCGCAAUGGCAGCACAUGUUGUGCUUCUCUUUCUUUUAUUCUGUCAAGGGGAAAGAAGUGGCAUUUCCGACGCCGCUGGCCUUUCAGAAGAAGAUGAGGACUUGCAAGUAAUAUCAAGCAAAAAGCAACAAGGCCUGCCUCAUCUAGAGUCCAUAAACAUCCUGCUUGAGAAAAGCGAUAAACUGGGCAGUCAUUUUGAGGAUCCAGAAAGCGGUAGAGAAGCGCUGUCAGAUGUGGAUUAUGAACGGAAUUACACCAAAAACAAAACAAUAAAGGAAACAUACAAAUUUGGACAUCCUGAAGUGUCAUCCAAAAUAUUCAGAAGUCCUGAACCCACUUUUAACAGGAAGAAAAGGAGCAGUUUUGCUAACACAGUGGCUAAAACUGUUAUCAAUAAUCAUAUUUUAGCGUCAAGGUCAGAAAAGGCAAGCACUGUCCAGCCUGUGGAAAAUAUGGACUACAGUGUUGGCGACAGGCAGCCUGGAAGCAACCAUGGGGCUACUAAAUGGGUCAGGGAGUCCGAACAUAGACAACCAGAGCCUCACAUGUUAAAGGAGGAGCCUCGCCGCCGCCGCCGCAGGAGCUGGCUGUGGAACCAGUUCUUUGUAAUCGAGGAAUACAGAGGGCCUGAACCUGUGCUCAUUGGACGGCUGCACACAGAUAUGGACAGAGGAGAUGGAAACACAAAGUACACGCUGGAAGGAGAAGGUGUGGGAUCUGUGUUUGUUAUUGACAGCAACACGGGAAACAUCCACGUCACCAAGUCUCUGGACAGAGAGGAGAAGGACCAGUAUCGUCUCAUUGCAACAGCUACCGACCGCAAGAGCGGCCGAGCCCUGGAGCCCUCCUCGGAGUUCAUCAUUCGAGUCCAGGACAUCAAUGACAACCCACCUGUCUUCCCCCAUGAACCUUACGUUGCCGUGGUUCCAGAGAUGGCCAACAUAGGAACGUCCAUUAUCCAGGUCACAGCCUUAGACGCAGAUGAUCCAACAUAUGGAAACUCAGCUCGGCUGGUGUAUGGGAUCACGCAGGGUCAGGAAUACUUCUCUGUGGACCCUCAGACAGGCAUCCUGCGCACCGCCGUACCUGAUAUGGACAGAGAGACCCAGGAAGAAUAUCUAGUGGUCCUUCAGGCCAAAGACAUGGGAGGACAUGUGGGAGGCUUGUCUGGAACCACCACAGUCACCGUGAAGCUGAGUGACGUCAACGACAACCCCCCUCACUUCCGAAGGAGUGCGUGGACGUUCUCUGUGUCGGAGCUGGCGGCACCAGGUGUGGAAGUGGGCCGUCUCACUGCCACCGAUCCUGACCUGGGAGAAAACGCACAGCUGGAGUUCGCAAUCCUGGACGCAGAGGAAGCAGAGACGUUCAACGUAACCGGAAGAGACAAAGAGGCCGUCAUUGUGCUGAACAAGCUUCUAGAUUAUGAAACCCGCAGCUCGUACACUUUCUCAGUGGAAGUUACGAACCCUGUGGUGGAUGCUCGCUUCAUAAGGAAAGGACCCUUUAAGGACCAGGCAACAGUGCGGGUGAUGGUGUUGAAUGCUGACGAGCCACCUAAAUUCUCGCAGGCGUAUUACCAUCUCGAUGUGUCUGAGAAUUGCCCCCCUGUCUGCUCUGUUGGUCGGGUGUAUGCCAUUGACCCAGACACAGGACAAAGCACAAACGUCAGAUACUCCAUUGAUCCUGGGUCAGACCCUGAGGCCCUGUUCCGCAUUGCCUCUGACACCGGUCUCAUCAGCACAGUGAUGGAGCUGGAUAGGGAGCAGGAGCAGUGGCAUAACAUCACAGUGGUUGCCACACAGGGGGACAAUCCAAACCUUGUAUCAAGGGUUGUGGUUGCCAUAGAGACACUAGACCAGAACGACAAUGCGCCAGAGUUGGACAGACAAUACACAACAUCUGUAUGUGACUCCAGUUCCCCUGGUCAGGUAGUUCAGGUUCUGCGGGCCGUUGACCGGGACCAGGGAGGGCAGGACGCCCCCAUCCACUUCAGCAUUCCUCCUGUGUCCAGUUCUGCUCUAAACCUCACCGUCAGGGAAACUGGAGGUGUGACAGCCAGCCUGGUGCUCCAGUCGGCCUUGGAGCCCCUCCCUGGAUUCUCCUCUUCUUUGCUCACCCUUUACGUGCCUGUGGUUCUGCGUGACGGGGCCUCGGGUCUGACCAACACUGGCACUGUCACUGUGACCAUUUGUCCAUGUCUGCAAGGGGGCAUGCAGACUGAGGAUCGGGGCAGACAGAGGGACAGGAGAUGGGAGAGACACAUGGUCUGUCUGCCUGUGCCGUCUGCCUCCCCGUCUCUCAUAUUUAGUUUGGUCACAUUGCUGGCCAUGAUGGCCUGCGUCACCACCCUGCUGGUGGUGUGUGCACUCUCGCUGUCAUUGCGCCAUCAGAAACGAGACUCCCACUCACCCUUUGAGGAGGAUGAUGUCAGGGAAAACAUCAUAUCUUACGAUGAUGAAGGGGGAGGGGAGGCCGACACCGCAGCCUUUGACAUUACAGCCCUGCAAAGCAUGCACCGGAUGCAGCACACGCACAACAGCAGCAACAUAUGGUAUACUCAACAAAAUGCGCCCAGAGCCAGGAGGUUCAGCUGGAGCCUUCACCCCCGCUCCGGCCUGGGCCCUCAGCAGCGGCCCGGCUCCGCUCCCCUGUACGGACGCCUCUGCUACGGCAUGCACGCGCUGCCUGUUCUCCGAGAUUAUCCAGCUGGGCCGCUGGAGGCGGGCUUCCAGUUGAACCGACUGACUCAAGGGGUUGCAGGCGGCCAUUUAGGCAAUUCCCUUUUCACCCCCAACCAGAGCACCUCUGAGCCUCUGCACCGCCCUGCCGAGGCGGGCCUGCGUGGCGUUCAGGCAGAACAUUUGGCAAAGAGCAGAGUCGCAGGCAGUAAUGAAAGCAGUGGAGCUAACACAGCUGGCCCAAACGGAAACCAAGCCAAGAUGAAAGCAGCAGCAGGAGCAGAAGCGACAGCAGCCGGCGCCUCGGCCGAUCUGACCCACGAGUCCUCCUGCCAGAGUCACACCAGCUUCUCAUCAAGCCCACAGGAGGCCCAGCCCGGUUCGCCCCCCGCUCAGAUCAGCACUGGAGCCACCAGCUGCACAGCGGACGACGUUGAUACCGAUUGCUCCAUUCCCUCCAUCUCAGAGCAGAGUUUCUCAAACAGCAGUCAGAUCAGCUCUGCCAACGCCCCCUGCUACCUGAAAGGAGACUCGUACAGCAUCGUGGGCUCUCUGAACCCCAGCAGCAUGGAGACCUGCAUGAACGGCAGCGCCCUGUACUCUGCAGGGGUGCAGCUCCUCAGCCUCGGUAGACUCCAGAGCAGAGACAGGAGCUCGCCGUCGCCUCCCGCCGGCACGUCUACUGAGAACAACGGCUUACCAGCGGAGGCACAACCUGGGACGGCAGAGACCGCUGUCCCACAGCCUCUCGGGAUGGAGGAGCUCCUCAACAUCCGUCUGGAUCGAGUCACCUUUGACAUGUCGCAGCCUCCCUAUGACUCGCUGCAGACCUAUGAGUUUGAGGGCCGCGACUCAAGGGCGGAAUCUCUGAGCUCGCUGGAGAGCGACGGCGAGAAGGACAACGGCAAGGCAGCAGGAGGGAUGGAGGAGCUGAACCAGAAGUUUCAGAGGCUGCUGGAGAUCAUCAGAGACAGGAAGAAGGAGAGAGACACUCAAGCAAGCGAGGGAGGAGAACACGGGGCGACACUUGAACAGACUGAGGAACAAGGAAAAGGACAGCAGAGAUGGGACUUCUAGUAAGUUUGACAGUGAAAGAAAAAGACGGAGCCUCUGACAGCAGAAUUCUUCUGCCCCUGCCAGGAAGUUUGCCGGCAGCCGCCAGGAUGCUGAACAUCUGCAGAGCAGCGUGUCUGGGAAACGCUUAUGGAAGCUGCCGCUUUCCUCACUGGAGCCGAUGCUAAUAAGGCACUCGGGCUCUCUGAGCUGAAGACAUAAAAUCAAUGUUUGUUUGUUUUUAUUUGAUCCCAAGAGCUGCUCUGUGAAAAUGUGAGCUGCAUCAAAAAUGAACUGUCAUAUGUUCCAUUGAUAAAUGAUGAUUAGCACAACCUUAAGAAACUGGAGAAGUCACACAGAUAAUGUCCACACAGCCGUUCAUAUCCUCCUAAAACACUGUAAAGAAGUGCCAAUAACAUCCACGUGUAGAUAAACAUCAACUGUUGGUUCUUACUUUGUAUGUUUGUCUUAGUGUGCACACAGGAAGUUCUGUUUUUACGCAAAUUCCCGUUCAAAAUGUUGUGAUGUUCAGCCCUGACAGGGUCACCUCGGUGAAUCAGCUUUCACUGACUUAAGGUGGUUUGGCCGAGAGAUGCCCUUCCUGUGGGAGACUCAGGCAGCAGCACCAAGGGUCUUGCCUUAGGACCCACACUGGAUAUUUUAGCUCUCUGAAGCCCUUCACCCAGCCAACUGAGCCAUCCAGCUGCAUGUUCAUGUCCUCUGUUCAGCCAGCAAUAAAGCCCAAAGGCACCCCCUACAGGCAGAAAUAUGAACUGCCUUUUCCCUUCAAAUCUAGAAAAAGUGAAACAGUCAGUUUGAUAUUUUCAGACAAAAGUACCCUCAAGGUUUUUGUAAUGACUUGACAGUGGAGACGCCAGUCCAAACAACGCCCUAGUGGUGCACAAUGCCAUUUUUAACUCUAAAUUAGAUACAUCGAUUUGAUCGAUUAAUUUAAAUUUGUUGUUUAAGAAGAUUUGUUUUUGGGGAAAAUCUGUAUUUUAUUUUUUCCAGCUCUCUGGUUUCUUGGGCCUUUGUUUCACGCUAUUCUCUAUGGCAAACCGCACGCUGGAAUAUCUGUUUGAAGGCUGCUGCUAUGAAAAGCGGGAGGACGGCGAAUUUCAACACCUGAAGCAGAGGCUCCGUCGACGUGUUUCUCUGUGCGAAACGCUCAAGCCAGCUGCAGCUCACCAAACACACGUGCAAUAGUUCACAAACAUUUUUACAGCUUGUAUUUAGGUGCACUUUGUAUUCAGGCCAUCUUCCAAAGGUGAUGUUCAAAUAAAAGUGAAAUAUA